AUGACAGUCGACAUCACCGCAGCACCCCUGAAAGUCGCCAUAGUAGGAGGCGGCCCUGGAGGCCUGGCAACCGCCAUCGCUCUCCAGAAGAUACCAAGCGUUGAAGUCACUAUCUACGAGCAGGCGAGCGUGCUGCGCGAGGUUGGUGCAGGAAUCAGCAUUGGGGCGAAUUCGUGGAAGGUGUUGGAGUUGCUGGGAGUAGCUGAUCAGGUGAACACCGGACACGAGACAUAUACGGUUCUAAACCUAAACGGGAGGUCAGGCGAAGAAGUGCACCGAAGAGAAAAGCCCCAUAGCGCGACCGGAAGACCACCAAUCCGCACGCAGAGAACAAAACUACAGUCUGCGCUGCUCUCGGCCGUCAGACCUGGUACGAUCAAGCUGUCUAAGAAACUCGUGAAGAUGGAGGACCAGGGCGCAAAGGGAAUAUCGCUCACCUUCAAAGACGGCACUUCCAGCGUCGUUGAUCUUGUCGUCGGCGCAGAUGGCAUACGCUCUGUCGUCCGCGAUACCGCGUUCCCGGCGUACCCAGACACCCUCAAGUUCACCGGCACAACCAUCUGGCGCACUCUCCUCCCCUGGUCCGCAGUCUCGGAUCUCGACCCCCGAUUCGGAACUACAGCGUGGUGGCACACGCCUACGACGCACGUGUACUUCUCCCCAGUGGGCGAAGGACUCUGGGAGAUUGCCGCCAGAGCCUGGCACGAUCCCGCGGUGCACAGCGCGAGCAAAGUGAGCUGGGGCGUGCCUGUGACGAACGAGCAUGUAGAGUCGCAUUUCACAGAGUAUCUCCCGCAGAUCCGUGAAGCGCUCGCGAGGGUGUCCGCGGGAGGCUGGCGCGAGUUCGCCGCCUUCGCCGGCCCCGAGAUUCCCACGCUGACCGCGUGGUCGAACCGCGUGGUGCUUGUGGGCGACUCUUCGCACGCAUUGUCCGGGGCGUUUGGGUCUGGCGCGGGGUUCGCGAUGGAGGAUGGGUGGAUUCUUGCGAGGGCGUUGGCCUACUACGCUAACGAUACUGGUAGAGCUUUGUCGCUGUUCAAUGAGAUACGACUCCCGUACUAUGCGAGGAUGUACGAGUAUUUGGCAUCUGAGGCGGCGCGGCGGGCGAAGAAGCUGGCUGAUAUUGGGGAUCCGACAUUUGAUGAGAGAGUGAGGGGUAAGGUCAUCUCGGACGGAGGUGGAGGGCUGGAUUGGAUAUAUCAGAAUGACAUAGAAGCUGUGUGGAAGACCGCGGUAGGAUACGGUCCUACGGAUACGUCCAAUUUCGGACCUAUCCAUGCGAGCAUUUAA